AUGAGUUGGAUAUGCAGCUGGUUUGGCAAUGAACCUCAGAGCAAGACGCUGGGAGAAAAAGAUGCCAUGAAUAAUUCCAUAGUUGACAAGUCCUACUUUUCCUUUGACGACUUGUCAUGUGCAAGCAAGUUGAUCAAAGUCAUGCCAGCUAUGGACAUGGAGAGGCGUGUCAGAGAGUUCCGACGUCAAAACCCCCAGCCCUUCACUAUCAGUGUUACGUUCAAACUCGCUGUUAUCGAAAAACGUAUCGACAACUGCCCCUAA